UAUUGUGUUGAUAUUAAAAAUGAUACAAAAAAUUUAAAAGCAAAACUAAAUCAAAGCAAUAAAGUGAUUGAUCACAGCUCAUAUUUAUUUAAAAAUGUAAAAUCUUUGCAUUCCAGCAUUACCGAUUUGGGUGACAAUGAAUGGGAUCAUAAAACUAAUUCAAAAUUUGAUAAAAAAAUUAUUCGAACCAAUAAUAAUUUACUAACCACAAAUGAAUACAAAUACUGUAAGAACAGAUCAAUCGACACAAUAGAAUUAAAAAAUUUAGAACGUGAUUCAAGUUAUACCACUGCUGAAAAAUCGGUCACACCACAAUUUAGUGACGAUGAAAAUAAUUGGUAUUUUAUUAAUAUGCAAGGUGUUGUACCAAUGUCUGAUCAAAUGGAUUACAAAUAUAAGUAUACACAACAAUAUGAUCAACCAAUUAUGAUCACUUUAAGUGGACAAUUGAGUGCGAAAUUAAGUGAAUCAAUAAAUAAUUUGCAUAGUAGUAAAGAUGCAUACGAAAGAUUUGUGUCAGAUUCAAAAAGAGUAGGAAUUAAUAUUCCAUUUGUCAGUAAUAAAAGUCGGAAGAGUAUACAGUCUCAUUCUAGCGAUUUAAAAUGGAACAAUUCUAGUCAUAUACCACAACGUGAACAUGAAAAUUUACGAAAAACUCCACAAAGGGAAAAAACUGGAUCCAUACAACCUAGUCGAUUGAAUAGUCAAAAUAAACGUGAUAGCACGUCUUAUCGACACGAUUUAAACAACACUAUUCGUAAACGAGGUGGUGCUAUACCCAAGGAUAAUAUUAGAAAUGAGUAUUCAAGGAAAACCGAAUUGAAUCGUUAUUCUCCAAAUGGCGAUAGAGAGAAUUCAAGAGACAAUCAACGAAAUGGAAAUUUUUUUCGACAGAACUUUGAACCGUUAAGAGAUGGAGGAAUAUUAAAUAACGAAGAGAAAAUGGUUCGGCAAGGAAAUCAGUCUGAUUUAAUGCCGAGUUUAAAACUUGGAGGUUCUAGAUGUGUAUCCGAGGAUCAAGAUGGACUAGAAGUUAAACCUGAACAAUCGAGCUGCUAUGGUUCUAGCCUAUCAUUUAAUAACAGAAUAUAUGAUCAUGAUAAAACAAUGAACAAAGUUGAUCGUAACAAUAAUAAUGAUUCUGGAAAAAUAAUUGAUGAAUUAUAUUUGAAUAAAGCUAGAAAUGAUAGUUCCAAAAUAAUUGAUACAAAAAACGAUUUAACAGAAACUGCUAGUUAUAAUACAAAUAAAGUGUCAUUUUGUUCUGCAAUAGCAAAUACUCCACAUAGAAGUAUGAGUCUCGGGGGAAUCGCAAGUCGUAAUUCUACGGAAUAUGAUCGAUUACAACAUAAUUAUCACUUUGCACGCGGCGGAGGUUACAAUCCCAAAAUUGAUAAUAAGGAAAUCAACGAUUUAGAUGAUGAAAAUACCUUAAUACAAGCAUAUUCUGGUAUUAUUAGAAAAACAAUAUGCGAAAUUCCCGAAACUGGUACACUCUCGGAAAAUAAAUAUUACUCAACCAGUAAUUUAAAUAACUACAAUACAUCGACAGCAGAUGUACGCAGAUCAUCGCCAAUGUUUAUAGAUGAUUAUAUUUUGGUUAACAGAGCAACAGGGUUAAAUGCAGCCAUGUCAAAUGCAGAAAUGGUACCAGAUCAUGAUUUAUAUACCGAUUCAUUUGAGUCAGCUUCAAGUUCUGAGAGUAAAGAAAAAGAUAAGCGUGAAUGUGCUGCAAAGAGAUUUCUUGAAGAUCAAAAUUUACCAGCUGAAAAUCCUGAUCAAGUCGAUAAUACUGAACAAAAGAAAGACAAAAAUGUGGAUCAUUGUGAAGAAUGUACAUGUAAAAUAUGUGUCUGCGGUGAUUGUAAUUGUAAGAUAUGCGAAUGUGAAAAAGGCGUCAAAGAAGAGUACGAAAGGAUGAAAAAAGAAAAAGAGAUAGACGAAGAGAAAGCAAAAUAUUGUACAUGUUACAUUUGCGAGUGUAACGAGUGUAACUGUAUAAAAUGUGAAUGUGAUAUCGAUAAAUUUCCUCAAGGCAUACCACUAUCAAUGGUUGUAUGUCCUUGUACAAAUUGUAAUUGUGGUAUUCCUUGCAAAGAGGGCACAUUAUUAAAAGCAAGUAAAUUUUUUUUAACCCGUGAUAAUGAUUUAUUUAAGAUACCAGAUAAUGUUAAUCAAGAUAUGAAAGUAAAGAUAUUGAAUGCUGUACAAAAUGUUAAUGUAGAUAUUAAAUUUGCAAUCAAAAAUGCCAAUCUUCAAGUUGAAGAAGCUAUGAAUGUUGCUGAUAAAAUGGUACAAGAUGCUGUUCUUCAAUUAUGCAAAAUGGAUAUUGAGGCAGUAACUGGCGACAAUACAAGCUUUACAGAAGCAAAGGGUGCUAUUGAUGAUAGUGAUGGCAAUAAAGGUAAUCAAGAAUCAUCAAAUCAACAGCCACCAAAUCCACCACCGAAUGCCAAUGAUAGGAAAAAAAGUACAAGUAAAAAGGGAAAUUGUGAUUGCCCAUAUCCAUGCAAAUGUGAAGAUUGUCCUGAUCAACCUCACGAGCCACCAGCAUGUGAUUGUCCUGAGCCAUGUGAAUGUGUAGGAUGUCCUACAUUAAAUAUUCCUGUUAAAAUUCCACAUUGUAGAUGUAAAACAUGUCUCUGUGAUCCUUGCCUAGAUAAAAACAGGAAAAAAGGCUCGCCUAUUGAAAAAUUUUUAUGCGGUUGUAAGCCGGAAUGUAUAUGCGAAAAGUGUCCAGCAAAACCUGGAUGUGAAUGCGAAGGCGAAUGCGUUUGUGCCGUUUGCCCACAUAGAGAACGUAAAUGUGAUUGUGCAAUAUGCCUUUGUAACGAUUGUGCAGCAUUUAAACAAGUUCAACAAUUGUGUGAGUGCCCACAAUGCUUAUGUAACGUUUGUGAAAAAGGUGGUGGUGUAAUACCAACAAAGCCACCAAAAUUAAUAUACAAUGUCAAAUGCAAAUGUGCAGUGUGCUUAUGUGAUAAUUGUGCGUCAGAUAAAAUACAAGCAACUUGCAGUUGUCCAAUAUGCUUAUGUGAUAAGUGCCCAGAAAUGGAGGGUAAACCAGCUUUUGAAUGUUCAUGUUAUCCACAAUGUACAUGUGAUAAAUGUUCUGAUCCAAAUGUUAAAUGUGUAUCAAAACGACAAAAAGAAGAGCCGUAUAAAUGUACAUGCUCAAUUUGUUAUUGUGAAAAGUGCUCAGAUCCGACAAAAGAACGCCAAGAUCCAUGCGGAGAAGAGCAUCCAAAAGACUGCACUUGCUUAAAAUGUACUUGUUCACCUUGCUUAUCAAAGAAACAAAAAUUAACAGAAUGUAAAUGCGAAAAAUGCAAAUGCAAUCCUUGUAAAAUGGUAGGAGGAAUGUUACCAGAUUGUAAAUGUGAUGGAGAAUGUAAAUGUAUCAAUUGCCAAUACAAAACCGCAAACAUUGAUGAAUGCACUUGCAAAACAUGUGAAUGUAAUAAAAAAAUACUGUGUACAACUGGCGCUGCAUCAAAUGGCGAUGAAAUUAGAAAAAUUGAACUUUCUGAAUGUACAUGCGAGCCAUGUAAUUGUAAUCCAUGUUUGGCACAAGGUGGACAUCCACCAAAAUGCAAAUGCCCAAAAUGUAUGUGUACCAAAUGUGAAAUAAAACAACUACCCACAUGUGACGAAGGUGUCCAUCCACCAGAUUGUAAAUGUAAUAUAUGUUACUGUGCUCCUUGUAAAUAUGAUACGGAUCCCAAUUGUGAUAAAACAUUCCGAUUGUCGUGUACAUGCGAAGUAUGUUCAUGUAAGCCAUGUAAGGCAAAAGGCGAUAGCUGUGAGGAUGAUGAUAUUAAAAAGUUAACAAUUCCGAGAAGUUGUAAAUGUAUUAAAUGCGAAUGUUUUCCAUGUAUUUUACCGCGAAAUGCAUACCAAGGAGUAGGCAUUGAUAAAAAUUUACCAACGUGUUUAUGUGGCGAUUGCACUUGUAAUCCUUGUAUGGCAGCACCACCAGAUAUAUGUAAUGAACCAAGGGAACCACUAAAAUACGUACCAGAUUGUACAUGUCCAGAAUGUUUUUGUGAUCCAUGUUCAGGUAAGGAACCAGUGAAUCCCUGUGAUCUAAUGAAAAUCGAUACAACUGUUGUAUGUACAUGUUCACCAAAAUGUGAUUGUAAUCCAUGUACACUACCACCAGCAGUAGAUCCACGUGAAGCGAAACCAGAUCAUCCAGAGACAUGCAAAUGUGUAAUAUGUGUAUGCACACAAUGUGAAUUGUCAAAAAAAAUACUUCAACCAUUGACUUUCGAUCAUUCGGAUGAUUGUCAAUGUAGCGCUUGUUUGUGUAAGCCAUGUAAAUUGAAACCAGAUCAUAAUGAAACAAGGCUAGAUAAAAUUAACCAAGGACCAGAAUGUAAAUGUAAAGUAUGUUGCUGUAGUCCAUGUAAAUUACAAACAAGCAAAUGUCACGAAUAUUAUUCAAAUCGACCAGAUUGUGUAUGUACAGUUUGUAGUUGUGAUCCUUGUAAAGCAAAACCAAAAAAUUGUGAAACAUGCCCUGAAUGUUUUGGUAAGGGUGACUGUAAAUGUAUACACUGUGAGUGUGUACCAUGUACAAAAACACAACCACAAUUUUGUAAUUGUGAACUUUGUCGAUGUACAAAUUGUUUACCAUUAGCAACAAAAAAAUUUAUACCAAAUUGUAAUUGUUUACUGUGUUUAUGUAAACAACCUGAGCAAGAUCCAACAAAUCAAUUAUCGAUAUGCCAAACUGAAGAUGACGAAACAAAAAAAUGUCCAGUAAUAUGCCCAAUGAAUACAAUACACAAAAAAACUGGUACAAAAAGAUGCUCAUGUUCGAUAUGUUAUUGUGAUCCAUGUCAGCCAGUUGUAACUGGUACAAAAUUUGAAUACACAUUUAAACCGCCGGAAAAUAAUCCAUUAGAGGGAACACUAAAAGUUAAUGAACAAAAAAAAUGCUUGUGUGAACCAUGUUUAUGUAAGACUUGUCCCAAGAAGAUGGACAAGACAAAAUGUAGCUGUUAUAUCUGUAAAUGCGAGAAUUGUUCAUUUAAACAAAAUGAGGAAAAUGAUCUUACAUGUAGAUGCUCACGUCCAUGUCCAUGUAUAUCGUGUAAGGGAAGAGGUGGUGCAGGAAGUGGUAAUAUCACAACAGAAAACAUUGAUCAUGUUCGAGGUGGUGCUACAACCAGUAAUAGUGAAAUAAAAUCAGUCGAAGAAAUCGGUGGUGAAACUAAAUGUUCUUGUGCUGAUCCAUGCGUUUGCCAAUCAUGUGCAGAGACCAAAUCAGAUAAAAGAAAUUAUGAAGAAGAUAAAACACCAUGCGCAUGUACAACUCCAUGUGUUUCUACAUGUUUGCAUUCUUCACAUCAAACGAAUCAUACGAUUAAUGUACCAGAAACACAAUCAAAAACUGAUGAAUGUAAUAUUGUAAAAAAACUGGCAAAUCAAAUUUCUUCAUUAAUUGCAAAACCGUUUCAAACAUCAAAUAUAUCAAGUCACCCAUCAGCAGUUUCAACCGCAAUUAAUAAUCUGCUCAAUUGUGAUUGUCCAAUUCCAUGUUUAUGUCCAGACAGAGAUCAAUGUGGAACUUAUCAAUUUAUGAAUACAGCUGAAAAAGAUACACCCACAAAACGUAGUAAUAUAAUGGGUAAAAUUAGUAGUAAUAAGACUCAAUUACAUUCCAAAACCCAACUUCAAACAAAGAAACGUUGUAAUUGUGUUGGCAUGUGUCGUUGUUCAAUUCCACAGAUUGGUCUUACUCCAAAACAAGCAGUGUCUGAUUCUUCCAAAUAUCCAAGUAAUAGAAAUUCACCAACAGAUACACGUGUGUCUAAUCAAAAAAAAUCUUCGACUAUUUAUCAGCCAAAAAAAACAUGUGAUUGUGUUGGUUCAUGUAAAUGUUCUAUUCAACAAUUUGACAGUAAUCAGAAACCAUCUGUAGAUAUUACCAAACGAAUAAGUGCAAAUUUUAAACAGAUUAAUGAUAUUAGCAAAAAACAAAUAGAUAAAAUAAUUUCUUCAAGCAGCCAAAACACACAAUUUCGAAUAUUUGAAACCCGUAAAUUAACUGAAGACAGUUUACUUAUUAAAUGGACUCCAGCGAAUUUACCAUGUCUUACAGGAUAUGAGGUUGAGGUAAAUGGAUCAUUAUCACAUCGAGUCCGUAAUAAAGACAGGUGUGUAGCAGUUCUGUUCAAUAUAUGUUAUGAUAAACCAGUUAAUAUUAGUGUUUUCGCAAUGUCAAGAGAAAAUAGAAAUCACCCACCUGCUAUUAUCACUGUUUGCUAA